AUGUUGAAGCCAGAACGAGUGCAAUCGCCGCGGAUGAUCCUGGAAAGCCGAUUGGCUUCUAUCAAGGACGAUUAUCAUCAAAAUGGAAACCAAUCUUUGCAUCCUUUCUUGACAGAUGCCAAGCUUGAAAGCGAAUUCUAUCGACACCUCAACAUUACUGUUCCUCGCGAUUUCCCUUUUCGUAACCAACAAGCAAAACAGAUAGAAGCCGAGUGUCGUUUAUGGAAUUACCUCUGGAGAAAUUCGAGGCCAAUUGAAGAUGUGUCUACCCUAGUGUCUACUUCACAAGAUGUUCCGAUACCGCUACCUCACCCUUUUGUUGCCAUCCAUAGUCCAUCAUUUUCGAGUUCUCCUUCGCUCCUUCCAACCUCAAAGGUCCAAUCUCCGACAGCAAAACCACGAUCGAAGAUUACAUGGAUAAUUGACAAUCACUUCUUCGCUUCUCCAAGACAAAGUCCUCCUUACAGCCCUGAAAAUGACUUCGACGGCUUUGAAGAUCUCACCGCGAAGGAAUAUAGUGAUGGUUUUCACCAAGCAGUAAUGGAACAAAAGAAUGAUCCGAAGUGGUCACCGAGCUUAGGAUGGGAUUCCAACACAGGCCAACCUCGGUUCUCUCUGAUGAUUGAUGUUCGUCCUUACGAUAUACUUAUUACUGCAGAAAAUGGCAAAUAUCUCGAUGAGCUGAAUUCGAUGCUCAGUCCAACCUUCAAGCUUGAGUGCAUCCACUCCCACAACAACGCCCAUUUACGAAGUCUUAUAUGGCUCGAGCUGCUAGAUCAACCCAGCGGUCGGAAGAAUCAUGUCCCUAAGAGGGUGCAUAAAGCUGCUACCCACAUCAUGACGGUUUUCAAAAGCUGGUUGAAAUUUCGGGACCACGAUGGACGCCUCCCCGUUAUUACCGAGUGGUAUGCACAAUUUCUGCAGCUGACGCCAGCGAAUCGAGCUGCUGUCACGGUAGAUUACAAAAGGCCUGCCACGCCAAUCGAUGGACUCAGUAAGACUGAGUGGGAUAGGCUAGGUUGCGGAGACGAAGACAGAGUUCCUUUUUAA